AUGAGCAGCUCUAGCCCCGCGACGAACCCCACGACGAACGCCGCGCAGACCGCCAACGCCGCUUCCAACCAAUCCACCGGAACGACGUCGCCCUCUGUCGCUGGCGCCGCUCAGCCCGCCGCCAAGUCGUACGCCAGUGCUGCGACAAAGAAGUCCGCUUCGCCUCCCGCGAUCGCUUCUAGCACUCCCCAGGUGGCGGUGGGCUCUGCACAGCAUGGAAAGACGGGCUCUGUGAACGGCAAAAGUCAGAUCCAGCCCGCCGUUCCGGCCGUCGGUCCCGCGCCGAUCGCCAAUGGAGCUCCUGCCCACGGACGCAAGCCUUCUUCCAUGACCAUCAGCGCCGCCGGCACCUCUGGCCCCAUGGCCAACGGCUCAAACAACCGCCCCAAUAUCAGCUUCGGUUCUAUGAACGCAGGCGGCUCGCCUGCCAUCGCGAACAGCGUUCCCCAGGCGCCGCAAAACAGCACACCUAACCCGCGUAUCACCUCCCCGGCCACCUCGCCUUCACCGAUCCCGCAGCCGCCGGCGAGUGGCGGACGCCCGCCUGCUAGUCUGCAGGGCCAAGGCAACAGCUUGAGCUUCGGCUCCAUGGGCGGCGAAAAUGGUGGCCAAUCGGGCCGCCCCGUUUCCAUGCCCCCACAAGGCCCACCGCCCAUGCCGCAAGCUCAACACUUGCGCCGCGAGUCUUCGCAAUCUGCACACAGCGAUAUGAGCAACCCAGCCAUGAACCGCAACUUCGUGCCCCAGGCAGGUCGCGGCAGAGGGUACAAUGGAGGAUACAACGCGCCCUCUCCGGGCCCACAGUUCCGCCAACCCCUCAACCAAAUGCGCGGUCCUAUGCCGGGUCAGUUCCAGGGUCAGGGUGGUCCCAUGGGUUCACCCUACCGCCAGAACCGCAGCCCGGCUAUGACUCCGGCCACGAUGCACCAGCAGGCACAAUUUGCCAACCAACCGCAAAUGCCGCACGCCGGGUACCCUGGAUACCCGCAUCAGUUCCAGCCAAAUGUAAACAGCAAAUCUCCUACCCCUGUCAACGCUCCCGGGCAAGUCGAAACUUCAACGACUAGCCGCCAAAAGUCGCACCUUGCCCAGGGCUUCUACGGGAUGCAGCCUCAGCAUCUUGAUCCGACUCAGUUCAAUCCUUACUACCAACCCGCUCCCUACAUGCAUGCCACCAUGCCCUACCAGACUGGUGCUCCUCCGAGCCCUCGCCCCAUGAACCACGCGCCCCAUGCCGCGCAGCCGUUCAUUCCAGGUCAGUAUGGCGCGCCUCAUGCGCAGAGCAUGUCGCGCACAAACUCGCAGGUUUCCGAACGCCCCCCUUCUACCAUGGCAAACCCUCAGACGCCGUCGAUGGCUGCCGCUAGCCACGUCUCACACACCCCUACCCAGAGCUCUAGCAGCCCCGCACCUUCUUCUUCGAACUUUACGAUACCCGCGAGGACUAAGAGCAAGGGAAUCGUCAUCAAGAACCCUGAUGGUGAGGUCGUGACAUUUGAGAAGAAGUCUUCUUCGCCGGCUCCCGGGCCUUCUAAAUCCCCUAUUGUCGUUUCUUCCACUCCUACCCCUCCUCCACGUGCUCCUAGCGCCAACUCUCAGCAUGGCCGGACAGAUAGCACUACACAGAAGACCGCCGAGGAGAAGAAGGCGGAAUUCCAGGAGCAGUUCCAGAAGCAGCUUGCUGAGGAGAGACGCAGGAAGGAGGAAGAGGAGAGGCUGACCAAGGAGAAGAAGGAGAAAGAAGAGAAGGAGGCGGCAGAAGCACAAGCAGCCAAGGAUAAGGCCGAAGCCGAGGAGAAGGCGGCGAAGGAGCGUGAAGCUGCCGAAGCCGCUGCGAAGGAAGAGGCUGAGAAGAAGGCCAAGGAAGAGGCCGAGAAGAAGGCCAAGGAGGAGGAAGAGAAGAAGGCCAAGGAGGCUGAAGAAGAAGCCGCCAAGAAGGCCAAGGAAGAAGAGGCAGAGCGCCUUCGCAAGGAGGAGGACGAGCGCCUCGAACGCGAAAUUGCCGAGAUGGAGGCCGCUGAGCGCGAGGAAGAAGAGCGCGAAAAGGCCUUCCAAGAAAAGAGGAAGCGCGACAAGGAGGAAGCUGAGGCUAAGGCCGCAGAGGCUGCUGCCAAGGCUGAUGAGGAGAUGAAGCGCCUCGAACGUGAGGCAGAAGAGCGCGAGCUCGCGAAGGAGCGCGGCGAGAAGAAGGAGCAGUCCGAGGAGGACAAGGCCGAGGCUGCUAAGCUGUUUGCUUCGCUCAAGAAGCCGACGUUUGGACCUGGUGCCGCUGCUGCGGAAGCCGAGCCCGCUGCUUCAGACGCCAUGCCCCCGCCUGCGCAGCCCGCUUCGAAGGCGGCUGCUGCUAAGCCCAAGCCUGCUGCUCUUAAACUUGAGACCCGUAAGCCUGUUGAGCCUCCGGCGCCCACUCCUGGUAUGCAGUCCCUCAAGUCUGCCCGCUUCCUGAGAGUGCAAAACGACGACCUCAGAUAUCCCGAGGGCAUCAAGUCGCCAAACCCUGCACUCAACCAGGGCCGCGGUGGCAAGGGCUUCAAGUACGACAAAGACUUCUUGCUGCAGUUCCAGGAGGUCUUCAAGGAGAAGCCUUCUGUUGAUUGGGACAACAGGGUCAGGGAGACCGUCGGCGACGGCGGCGAUUCUGCCCGCCCUGGAUCUGCUCGCACUCCUUCGAAUCUGGGCAGCCGCGGCUCUCGCACCAUGCCACUUGUCGGAGGAUCUAUUGGCAACUUCGCACUGAACUCCCGCACCUUGCCUCCUGGCACCACUUCCAAGCAGCGCUUCGAGAUCUCCAAUUCCUUGACUUCUCGUAGUUCCUCCGCCAACCCUAUGGCAAGCUUUAGUGCUCGCCCGGGCAGUUUCCCCAUGGCCCCAGGUAUUGGCGGUCGUUCCGCAUCGUCUUAUGCUCCUGCCGCUGGCAACUCAUCUCGCUCUGGCAGCGGUCGCAAGAACCAGAGCCGUCGUGGCAACGCCUCGAAGAGGGAUGAGGAGAAGAACAUGCCCCUUACCGCCGGCGUUGAGGUUGCGCCCCUGGUUAAGUCGACUACUGGCUGGGUUCCGACGAGUCUCACGCAGCCUGCUCAGCCCGCCGUCGCCGCUGGCAACCUUACUCCGGACGUUGUGCAAAGAAAGGUCAAGGCGGCCCUCAACAAGAUGACUCCCGAGAAGUUCGACAGAAUUGCGGAUCAGAUCCUCGAGAUCGCCAAGCAGUCCGAGAACGAGACCGAUGGCAGGACGCUGCGCCAAGUCAUCCAGCUCACCUUCGAGAAGGCUUGCGACGAGGCUCACUGGGCCUCGAUGUACGCUAAGUUCUGUAAGCGCAUGCUUGAGACCAUGUCUCCGGCCAUCAAGGACGAGAAGGUGCGCGACAAGAACGACAAUCCCGUCGUCGGUGGCAACCUUUUCCGCAAGUACCUGCUCAACCGCUGUCAAGAAGACUUCGAGCGGGGUUGGGAGGCCAACCUGCCUAUGAAGAAGGAAGGCGAGAGCGAGGAAGCGGCCAUGCUCAGCGACGAGUACUACGUUGCUGCUGCUGCGAAGAGACGUGGUCUUGGUCUCAUUCAGUUCAUUGGUGAGCUCUACAAGCUUGGCAUGCUCACUGUCCGCAUCAUGCACGAGUGUGUCAUGAGACUGCUAAACUUCGAGGGUGUCCCCGACGAGUCCAACAUCGAGUCUUUGGUCAAGCUACUUAGAACCGUCGGUGCCACCAUGGAGACUAGCGAGGCUGGUGCCCAGAUGAUCCGCGCCUACUUUGAGCGCAUCGAAAAGGUCAAGGACUUGCCCGCUCUUCCCAGCCGUAUGCACUUCAUGCUGCUUGAUCUUGUCGAUUUGAAGAGGUCUGGCUGGAAGUCGAAGGACGACGCCAAGGGCCCCAAGACCAUCCAGGAGAUUCACGAGGAGGCUCUUGCUGCUCAGCAGCAAGCCGAGCUCGAGAAGGCACGCAACCCGCCUCGUGGUGGACGUCCGCCUCUCGGCCGUGGCGAUGCCCGCUCCUUUUCUGGCGGUGGCAUGAUGCCCCCUCCGGACUACAAGCACAACACUCUCGGCAUGGACGACCUCAGGAAGCUGUCCAAGAACGCCUCUGGUCGCACUUCGAGUUCUGGUCCUGGCACUUUCGGACCUUCCUCGCUGUUCGCCGGUCGUAGCGGCAGCGGCCGCAGGAACCUCGGCCCUGGCGGUGGUUUGAACAGAACCGGCGACGACUCUGGCAACUCUUCCCGCACCGGAACCCCGCCUGUUAAGGAGAAAGAGACCCAGCCUACGCAUACGAACUCGUUCAGUGCGCUAGCAGCUCUUGAGGGUGGAGAUGACGGCGGCCACGAGGCUGCCUCUCCCGAGCCAAGCAAGGUCCAGCCAGCCACGACCGGCGGCGAGAAGAAGGAAGGUGCCGGGGCACCGGCGACCGAGUCAUAG